GACCUAGUGUUACUCAAAAUCAAGAAUUGCAAUCAUCACGGCAUCUUCAGAACCACAUCAUGAUCGGAUUCAAGGAGAAUUUCAGAAAAUUAAAGCAGCGGGGGCGGCAAGUUUCACAUAACUGACGGCAAACUGGGACCGAAUCGGAUUCAGAGAAAGGAAAUUUGACGCGUCCUCCGUCGCAUGCAAAACCAUCGUCUAUAAAUAUCAGUAUCCCUUGUCGUCCCAAAUCCCAGUCGCUCGCCAUCCAUCCACAUCAACCCCUUCACAGCUACUCCUAGAACCCUAGCACCAGAUCGGGCGACCGCCGGCCAAGAUGGAAGGGCUCGACGUCGACGACGUCUUCCAGCACUGCCGGCUGAACCCUACGGAGGUGGACGCCGUCACCUACUACCUGCCACGCCUCCUCUCCGGCGAGACGCUGCACGGCGUCGAGAAGCUCAUCCACAGCGUCGAAAUCUCCGGCUGCGAGCCCAAGGAUCUCGCCGCCCGAUACGCGCCCGCGCCGCAGGCCUUGAGCAGCGGUGACCGGUUCUUCUUCACCACGUGCAAGAGCAAGUACGGGAGCAAACUACAGAGCGUUCGCACCGCCGGCGGCGGCACCUGGACCAUCCAGAAGACCACGGAGAUCAGCCACGCGGGAGGCAAGGUCGGCGAGGUCAAGAACCUGUCGUUCAAAAAGAAGGGCAAGUCCACCGGCUGGGUCAUGGAGGAGUACCGGUGCCUGCUGCCUGAGGCCACCAUCGCCGAGGGGGUGAAGGUGUUCUGCAGGAUGCACUUGGCUCAGCAUGCUCCAGCCGCCGCUCGCCAAGAAUCGGCCGCGUACAUGCUUCAAGAAUCGCAGCCAGAGGCCGCGACUGCGAGCACGCAGGCACAGAAGAGGCCAGCGCCCGCUGCCGCCGCCGAUCCUCAUCCGCCGCGCCCCAAGAAAAGGAUGCGCGUUGCCACACCAUCCUUCACCGCUGCUGCACCAGUUUUCUCGCCGGAUGAGUCAAUACCUGAAGCCGACGACGACGGCAUGGGCGGGUUCUCUUGCUCAAUGGAAGAUCUUUUCAGGCUGCAAGUCGACGAAACUCUCAGGGUGGGAGCUACAGAGAACAUCUCUCCGCUCGAAGCUGAAGAGAACAUCGAACAGUCUCACUACUCUGAACCAGACAAGGAGCUAAAGUUCCUACUCGAUGAAGCAGCAGCAGAGCAUGAACCACAGGCCGUCCCUGAAACUGAAGCAGAGUGGCAGGCCGACGAGGCGCUCGGGAAGGAUGGGGAGGCAUAUGGCUUUGAUAUCGAAGAACUAAAGAGAAUGAUGGAAGCCGACGAUGCGCUCGAGGAGGAUGGGGAAGCAGAUGGUUUUUAUAUUGAAGAACUAACGAGAAUGAUGGAAGCCGACCCAAUUGAAGUCACUGGAGCCAAAACUGGCGUGGAGAUGGACCGACAGGAACCUCUGUACCUGGAUUGCUUGGACCAAGUCAUGCUGGAGGAUCGGGCCAUGGACAACCCUGCCUUCCGUGAUGCUGAGAAGGAAGAGAGGCACAAUGACGCGCCGGAUCUUGACGCACCAUCACUUGAGGGACACGACCACUUGUUCAAAUUGCCGCCGAGCUUCUUCGAUCCAUUUGAAGCAGCGUGGAAGGCCGAAGAGGCGCUCGAGAACGAGAUGAGGAACAAUACCGCGGCCGAUCUGCUUGGAGGAUACGACAACUUCUUCUCGUCUGCAAGUGUCCAUUAAAUCCGAUGUUGAAAUUGUAUGCAAAGUGUAUACGAGGAUAUUCACUGGCUGAUAUAUUAGUUCGUC